CUCCUCUCUCUCUCUCUCUCUCUCUCUCUCUCUACUCUCUGUCUCCCGAUAUCCCUAAACCUCGUUCCUCGUGUUUCGAACGCCUUCUCCCCCUCGCUGGCCGAUCCGAUCGCUGCGACCGUCGCAAGUCCUUUUUGUUGGAUUUGGAUCGGAGGGCAAGGUCGAUGGCGGCGGCAGCGAUGGGCAAGAUCGAGAGGGCCCAUCGGAUGUACCGCGAGGGGUGCCACGAGGUGGCGCUCGGGCUGUACACGGACGCCCUGGCGAUGGCCAAGACCAAAGCCCAGAAGAUCGCUCUCCACAGCAACCGGGCCGCCUGCUACCUGAAGCUGCAUGACUUCAAGAAGGCAGCAGAAGAAUGUACGUCAGUCCUUGAGCUGGAUCAUCAACACACGGGAGCUUUGAUGUUACGUGCACAAACAUUAGUCACUCUUAAGGAUUAUCAAUCAGCACUUUUUGAUGUGAACAGAUUGAUGGAGCUGAAUCCAUUGUCAGAUGUGUAUAGAAAUUUGCAAGCCCGGCUAAAAACACAAUUGUCACUUGCUCCAAUACCCGAGUCUGAGGAAGAAGCAUCUUCUCUCGAAGAAAACGAAGAAGAAGCCCAACCAGAAGGAACAAGGACCCAAUCAGAAGAGGAAAGAAGAGUUGACCCUGCUGAUGAGAAACCUGAAGCACCUGUAACCCAACCUGCAUACACCGAGGAGGCCUCUGCUAAUACUUCUUCCAAACCACAGGGUUGGGAAGCAAUUCCAAAACCAAAAGGGCAUUCAGGGCUUGAUUAUUCACGAUGGGACAGGGUCGAAGACGAUUCAAGUGAAGAGGAAGAGGUUGACACAGAGGACCAGCAACCUCGGUAUAAAUUCCGUGUUCGAACUGUGGGUGUGAAGCCUGUAAAAUGAAUAAACACAUUUAUGAUGUUCAUAUCAAGAUAAAUGGAAAGUUCUUGAUCUUCUCAUUCA